CGGACGCUAGUUCUAGUUCACACACAUUAUUCCCGUCAAUAUAUAUAGUUGUUUUUUUUUCUGUUAUUAUUGAUUCCCCUGGAGUCAGCGUAAUACGAGCUGAAGUAAGUUUCUUAAUCAUCUAAUAGAGAAAAUACUAAAUAAUUUAGCAAAAAAGAACAUCCCAUCUGCCUAUAAUAGCAGUCGCUCAAACAAAUUUCCAAAAAUGUUGGCGUGGACCUGAACUUGAAUUAUUGAUUUCCCAAACAACUAAAAAAAACCAUAUCAUGGGUAUGAUUUUAUUAGGACUACUUCCAAUACUCCUAAUCGCUCCCCAAUGCCUUGCCAAAGACCACAACGUCUUAAAAACCGAAGUGUUUGCUAUAGCAAUUGACCCAUUAAUGUUCAAUUGGUCUUACGAGGGCAGGCGAGAUCAAUUUUCUUACAAAGCUGCCCUAGUGGAUUCACCAGAUUUACCUUCUUGGAUAAAUUAUGUUUUUAGUGAACGUUAUCAUUCAGGGUUUUUGUAUGGGGUGCCUCACAGUAAGGCUGUGGUUGCCUUAGAAGUAGUUGGAUUGAAUAAAAAGAACUAUGAGACCAGGGUAGAGCCACUUAACAUAAUAGUACAAGACAAAUUAAAACUGGCGAAAUAUGAAGUCCACAUGAAAAUCGACAAUUUGAAUGUGGUGGAUAUGUUCGAUGUGGAGCGUAUGGACAGUCUAAAAGAGAUUUUCACCAGUUACUUAUGGAAAAAUUCCGAAAGUGAUUUGUAUGUCACCUUUUUGGAGAGUGCCGUCGAGAUGGGGGCUAGAAAGCCUUUAAACCCCAACGAAGGUGAAGGGGUUAUUGUAAGACUGGGCAGUGAGUUUCCAUUUUCGCAAGAACUCUUGGAGCUUCAAGUCGAGGUGAAACCUUUAUAUAAAAUUUCUCCUUGUCCCAGGGAUUUUAAGCGUACGUCAGUUGAGCGAUACUUUAGGGACGCCGGGUUCGCUUUGGAUUGGUGCUCUUUCCGCUUACCCCAAAGAGACCUAAACGACACCCUAAAUAAGCCAGAAGCCGAUAAAAUCGAAUCUUCAAACGACCAAACCGAGGAGAAAACGUUCAUGUACAGAGAUAACAUUCCUGUAAGAACUUAUCAAAAAGCACUGGUCACAGCCAUAGCGUUGCCCAUGAUGAUUAUGACGUUACUCGUAUUAGGACUGACGUUUAUACUGUGCUUCGAACAAGGCGAUGUAAUAAUCGAUCUUACUGAAGAAUUCGCGUCUUCGUCUCAAGAGGAAAGUAGUCCUCAAAGGUUUUUGGAUGCUAAUAAUAGGACCGAUACCAUGGGGAGUUUGAUUAACGAUGGGGAGAAGGAUACGUUGGGUCGUAAUUAUAUGGAAAGUCCUAACUCGACAAUGACUAGAGGAGUCCAUUGUAGACCUAGCCCACCUCCAUACGUAAGGCCCAAAUAUAAGCCUAAUAUAUGACAGUAUGCGGAAGAAAACGGUGUUAAAGUAAACCCGAGUCCGAUCGUUGAAAACGGCGAGGAUAAGAAGACGUGGUACUGUUAAAACAGCUUCAGAAGUCGUUAAUUUAGUUUCGAUUUCUCUUGUUGAAGGAAUGUUUUAGAAGAUGCUUUUAGAUACAUACGUAGUUACGCUAAAUUUCCAUGUAGCAGUGCUAUUUAAAGGAUACUAAUAAACUCGUGUAAAGACUAUAAAAAAAA